UCUGGUCCUUCUGUCGCGAGCUUCACUGUUGAUCUCUGGAUGUAGCGGCCCGUGAUCAAUCCGUCAGUCAGAACCUCCGCUCAGCUGCGGGUUGAUGGAUACCCACAACUGGUGACAGCGUCAUUUGCUUUGGGCUCGGAUAGAGAUGUCCACACCGGGUUAUACCAAUCCGAACUCGUCCGUGAAUAAUUACGGCAUGAACGCGACGCAGAAUGGAGGCGGAGCGGCAUCCUGUCACAAUGGUCCGGCACAGACGUACCCUGCCAUGUAUCCAGCAACCAGCUACUACAGUUCUGCUCCACCGCAGGGUUACUCCACCAUAGCGGGACACGGCGCCCCUCCGACUGGCAAAGUCUCAGUUUCAAGCACAGAUGAUAGUGCAGACUAUUACACGAACAGCCAUGCCCAUACGGGAACUCUACCAGGUGCAUCUCCGUGCCCAACACCACCAGGAACGCAUAAGUACCCCACCUCUAAUGCCCCGGGGCCCGGAGCGUCUCUCCACCACCCGGUACAGCCAUUUCAGCAGGUCACGCCCUACACGAUGCCAACUGGAUUCUGCGGACAGCCGUAUAAUCACCCCCCACAGGGGCAAACUCUUGUUCAGUCUCAGCAGAUGCAGCACAGCGUGGUACCGGCAUCCAGCGGCAGCAACCUUGGCGCACCGCUGUACCCCAUCAUUUCUUACCCAUCAGCUCCUGGUAGCAGUCAGUAUGGCACGCUGAGAUCGUCUCAAACAGCUGCUGGACAGCCACCCGUUCCCACGUUAAUGCAACCACCGCCCACCCAGAGUUCUUCGCAACAGUAUCCUCAAGGGAACGGGGCCACACCCACACCAGCUCAUCAAGGAUACGGAGCCGCGCCUCUCAGCCAAACAGCCACUGUCAACGGCCAAUCAAAUGCAGUUCAACAACACUAUGACCAAAAUCCCAUGAGCCAGUAUUACGCCAGUGCCCCUCCCAUCUCAGAGGCCCCUGAUAGAGAGAGGGCACCCUCAGGAACCCCCAACACUUCUGUGCAUUCCUCACCAGGACACCAUCCAGGGCUGCUGUACGGUGACCACAGGGUGAAUAACGCUGUUAGCUCGACUGCAGGUGAUCGCUCCUCAUCCAGUUCUGACCAUGAGGAAGAGGAUGAGGAAGCAGGUGGAGAAAGCUCAUCCACAACUACAGGCAGUGCCUCUCCGGUUCCCAACAGCUAUGAGUCUCUGGAGGGCGGCGGUUACACAGAUCUCUCAGCUACUCCUACUGGCGUUCCCCCCAAACAGGCCCCGCCCUUCGGCUACAACUAUCCAACCAUGCAUCCUGCUUACCAACAAAACCCCACCUCCAGAACAGACUCCUCCCCCUCUCAUGGAGGUAACCCACCAGGAUACCAGCAGUACUCGCAGCCGUUCCCGUCUCUCUCCAAGCUGUCGUCAGCAUUGGGCGGUCUCAGUAGUGUUCCUGACCUGGAGGUGGAAACCUUGAGACCUGUGAAUCUACUCCAAGAGAGAAACAUCCUUCCAACCAAAUGCACACCUCCACCAGAGCCCAACCUGAGCAACGACCUCCGCAAAGUCAACUGCAGCCCCGACACGUUCCGCUGUACUCUCACUAACAUUCCCCAGACUCAAGCUCUGUUGAAUAAAGCUCGCCUGCCUCUUGGAUUACUGCUGCAUCCCUUUAGAGAUUUAACGCAGUUACCGGUCAUCACCUCUAACACUAUAGUUCGUUGCCGUUCAUGUCGGACCUAUAUUAACCCUUUCGUUUCGUUUCUGGACCAGCGCCGGUGGAAGUGUAAUCUCUGUUACAGAGUCAAUGAUGUCCCUGAUGAGUUCAUGUAUAAUCCUGUCACUCGUUCAUACGGUGAGCCACACAAGAGACCAGAGGUCCAGAAUUCAACUGUCGAGUUCAUCGCCUCCUCUGACUACAUGCUGCGGCCACCUCAGCCUGCUGUGUACCUGUUUGUGUUGGAUGUGUCCCAUAAUGCCAUGGAGUCAGGCUACCUGAAUGUGUUCUGCCAGUCUCUUCUGGACAACCUGGAAAAGUUGCCAGGGGAUACCCGUACACGAAUCGGGUUUGUGACAUUUGACAACACUGUUCACUUCUAUAACAUGCAGGAGGGCCUUUCUCAGCCUCAGAUGCUGGUGGUGUCUGAUAUUGAUGAUAUUUUCAUCCCGACACAUGACAGUCUACUGGUGAACCUCAAAGAGAGUAAAGAGCUGGUGAAGGACCUAUUGAACGCCCUGCCGGGGAUGUUCACACACACGCGUGAAACUCAGAGUGCUCUGGGUCCGGCUCUGCAGGCAGCGUAUAAGCUCAUGUCCCCGACAGGCGGUCGAGUGUCUGUGUUUCAAACACAGCUGCCCACGCUAGGCACUGGAGUCCUGCAGUCACGAGAAGAUCCCAACCUUAGAUCCAGCACCAAGAACGUGCCGAAUUUGGGUCCUGCUACAGACUUCUAUAAGAAACUGGCUCUGGAUUGUUCUGGACAGCAGAUCGGAGUGGAUCUAUUCUUACUGAGCUCUCAGUACUCCGAUCUUGCUACAUUGGCGGGUGUGUCCAAAUACUCGGCCGGUAGCAUCUUCUACUACCCGUCCUUCCAUCACAUUCAUAAUCCAUCACAGAGCCAGAAGUUCCAGAAAGAUCUCCAGCGCUACCUCACCAGAAAGAUCGGAUUUGAAGCCGUCAUGAGGAUCAGGUGCACCAAAGGUUUGUCCAUCCACACUUUCCACGGCAACUUCUUUGUGCGCUCCACUGAUUUGCUGUCGCUGGCGAAUGUGAACCCGGACUCUGGUUUCACUGUACAGAUGUCCAUCGAGGAGAGUUUAGCAGAUACAUCGCUCGCUUGUUUUCAAGCCGCUCUACUUUACACGUCAUGCAAAGGUAAACGUCGCAUCCGAGUGCACACUCUGUGUCUACCGGUGGUCAGUCAGUUGAGUGAUGUGUUUGCUGGAGCUGAUAUCCAGGCCAUCUCAUGCCUGCUGGCCAACAUGGCAAUCGACCGCUCCAUCUCCUCCAGUCUAUCAGAUGCGAGAGACGCGCUAGUGAAUGCUGUGGUGGAUUGUUUAAUGGCGUAUCGUGCUAACGGCUCAAACAACCAGCCAUCAGGUCUGAUCGCACCCUCAGCCCUGCGUCUCUUCCCUCUAUAUGUACUGGCUCUUCUUAAACAGAAAGCUCUGCGCACCGGAACCAGCACCCGUCUAGACGAGCGUGUGUUUUCCAUGUGCGAGUUUAAGAGUCAGCCGCUGCAUCAGAUCAUGCGUAUCGUCCAUCCAGACCUCUACAGGAUCGACAACUUGACUGAACAGGGGGUGCUGCACCUGAACGACAGUGUGAUUCCUCAGCCUCCCUUACUGCAGCUCACUGCAGAGAAGCUCACUAGAGAGGGAGCGUUCCUCAUGGACUGUGGCAAUGUGAUGUACUUGUGGGUGGGAAAAUGCUGUAAUGAGAUGUUUGUACGUGAUGUGCUGGGCUGCCCCAAUUAUGCAUCCAUACCGUCCAGCAUGACCGAGAUUCCGGAGUUGCAGACGAUGUAUUCUGAGAGGACUCGCACAUUUAUUUCUUGGCUGUUGGAGUCUAGAACCUUUCAUCCUGCGUUUCAUGUGGUCAAGGAUGACACUUCAGCCAAGACCAGUUUUUUCCAACACCUGGUGGAAGACCGAACUGAAUCUGCCUUCUCUUAUUAUGAGUUUUUGCUUCACGUUCAGCAACAGAUGUCGAAGUAGAGUCCGAGAUCCCUGUAGAACCAGCCCUAGAUUUAUGGAUAGCUUCUGUUCCGUGGCUCAACUUUAGCAAGGAGCUCCUUGAUUGGACCGCAGAGAGGCGAAGACACGCCCCCUGGCCAGUCGCAGCCUGUGGCUCCUCGGGUG